AUGUCUGACAACAUCUCCAUCCUCAUCACCUACUGGGGUGAUAAAUUUAUCACCACCGGUGCUUCAGCCACCACCAGCAUCCCCAUCACCAUCACUUCCACCAACAACAGCAACAUCAUCGGCAUUUCCUUCAUACCAGCAACUCCAUUACCUCACCCAACACCCGUGAUCCCAUCACCACCACCAGCGAUCCCAUCGCCACCACCAGUGAUCCCAUCACCCACCAGUGAUCCCAUCGUCACCACCAGCGAUCCCAUCGCCACCACCAGUGAUCCCAUCACCACCACCAGCGAUCCCAUCGCCACCACACCACCAGCGAUCUCAUCAUCGCCAGGUGAUCCCAUAACCACCAGCGAUCUCAUCGCCACCACCACCACCAGCGAUCCCAUCGCCACCAGUGAUCCCAUCACCACCACCAGUCCAUCAAUGUCACCAGCGAUCCCAUCGCCACCACCAGUGAUCCCAUCACCACCAGCGAUCUUAUCGCCACCACCAGCGAUCCAUCGCCACCACCAACACCAGCGAUCUCAUCGCCAUACCACCACCACCAGCGAUCCCAUUUUUGCCUUAUCGACCUCGAGAGGACGAUCUUAUGUUACCUCUCUCCAUUCCAGAUCAGAAUUCACUGUUGAAUUCGAUUCAGAUGAUGAAUUUGAAUCGAUUCAACAGUGA